AUGAUAGAAUGGCUUGAGAGUCUCUUGAAUGAAGAAAAACUGGACACCUGUAUCAGAUCUCUUCCCCCAUGUUAUGGUCUACAUCACUUAAAGAAUGGAUGGUCCUCCUUGGAUGGGAUCAUCAGCUACAGGUCAUUACUCAACUUCAUCUAUCUGGCUCAAUAUCCUUCACAUGAUGAUACACUGGUGUAUAUGAAAAAGGCCCACAAGGAUUUUCACCAUCACAAAAAUAUUCUCUUCAAUCUUGGAGUUAGAGAAUAUCUGGACAUCCCAAAAAUCCACUCCCUUCUUCAUUAUGUUGACUCUAUCACAUGGUUUGAUACAACCGACAACUACAACACAGAAAUGAUGGAGUGUUUUCACAUUGACUUUUGUAAAGAGGGAUGGUACACAUCAAAUCACCACAAUGAGAUGCCUCAGAUGAUAUCCUGGCUAAGUAUAAGGGAAAAGAAACAUACCUGCUCUGGCUUUCAAUGCAAUCUGACCUACUUCAUCAAUCUCUUUAAUAAUAACAAUAUUGCUGGUGGACGACUUAGAAAUGCCUCCCUUCCAUACAGCUCUUUGGAUGUCUAUCACGGUUUCAGAUUUAGUCUGAAUGAUUUAGGCGAUGAAGUUGAUUUGGACCUAGGGAAUGAGGAGAUAGAUAGUGCUAGGAUUGGAUGUUUAAAAGUGAUUUUCAGAUUACCCACCAAGCUCUAUGAUUUCUGGACAGCACCAUCUAUCUGGCCUUUUGAGCCAUUGACAUAUGUAGAAUAG